GAGAGAGAGAGAAAGAGCGAUCCCUCCCAGCCUCCUCCCAGGGCAGCUUCCCACUUCAGUGGCAAGGAGAAGGAGAAAGAGCUCCUAUCAGGAGAGGCCAGAGGCAACCCUGCAGGAGACGAGGGGAGCGUAACCGAAGACCUGGUCGAUCCCAGCGGAUCGCCCUGCCUGGGAGGCUGCCGUUGGUGAUCGAAAGCCCGGGUCCGGGUGACCGAUACGCAACAUUGGUCGCGGCAGCGGGCGGCGGCGGCAGGACAAAUGAGAGACCUGGCCCUCGAGGGGGCACUUUAGGGGAGACCUCGACCUGCGGACUGGGGGAAGGAGAGGGAGAGGGAGCGGGAGGCUGCCGGGAGGGACCCCGAGGAAGUGACCACGAGCAAUCGGCGGUGGAUGUUGGUGGCAGCGAGACGAAUGCGAGAUAAACAGGCGGAGGCACGGGGAGCCGGAGAAAGGGGCAUGUUCCGCUGCAACGUUCCCGAUCUGGCGGACGCCGCUGCCCAGGGACAAGUGGAGAUGGUGCGGCAGCUCCUGGAGGCUGGAGCGGAUCCUAACAGUGUCAAUCGUUUUGGGAGGCGGCCGAUCCAGGUGAUGCAGAUGGGCAGCACGGAGGUGGCGGAGCUGCUGCUGCAGCACGGCGCGGAGCCCAACUGCCCGGACCCCACCACGCUCACCCAGCCCGCUCACGACGCCGCCCGCGAGGGUUUCCUCGACACCCUGGUGCUGCUGCACGAGGCCGGGGCGCGGCUGGACGUCCCGGACGCCUGGGGCCGCCUCCCCGUCGACCUGGCUCUCGAACAAGGGCACCACCACGUCGCCAGAUACCUGCGCGCCGCAUUCGGGUUUGAAGGCAGCUAAAGCACCUUUCCAGCCCACCGAACCCCCCUUCCUCCCCCCCCCCCCCACUCCUCCCCGAGAGCUCGCUCUCUCUCCCUAACCCCUACGAACCAAUGGCAAAGAGAAUCGGGGGGCUAGCAUGAACUCCACACAACUCCACUUCCCCCUCCCUUCUCCCAUCCCUGCCCCAUUCCUACUGCCCCAACCUCCAGCUUUUCUCCACCCCCGAUCAGGGCAGGAAUGCACCUCUCCAUCGCAGCGAGGCGGAAUCCACCCUACUGGGAGGAGGAGGAAGAGAAAGAAUUAUACGUAGCAUCGCCCCCAAAUCUAGUGCCAAAGGAAUCCGAGUUGGUGGGUGGUUUGAGGA